AGCAGCUACACACGGAGCUCCGUCAGGAGGAAGAAGUGUUUUGUGUUGUUGAGUCUCAUUGAUAUUCACUCUUUAUUUAUAAAAUAAUAAACUUGCUCGUUUUUGUCUUCUACACUGCCAUGCUGUAAGAGGUCAAAGGCAUGCCCAUCAGACUGCUUGAAAAGCUGACGAACUUUAGACCUACACCACUCAAAUGCUGAUGAUUAGCCCAAGAAUGGCUUCUGGAAUGCAAGAAAAACAGUACACUCCAUCCCUGUUAAGUUUUUUCAUCUAUAACCCUAAGUUUGGACCACGAGAGGGAGAGGAGGAAAAAAAGAUCUUAUUUUACCAUCCUAGUGAAGUGGAGAAGAAUGAAAAGAUUCGCAAUGUUGGACUCUGUGAGGCCAUUGUUCAGUUUACCAGGACCUUUUGUCCCACAAAGCCAGCGAAGUCCCUUCACACUCAGAAAAACAGGCAGUUCUUCCAUGAGCCAGAGGAGAAUUUCUGGAUGGUCAUGGUCGUACGGAAUCCAAUGAUAGAAAAACCCAGCAAGGAUGGGAAGCCGCCAACUAUAGAAUACCAAGAAGAGGAAAUUCUCGACUCUGUGUAUGGGGCAGUAUUACAGCAGUGCUACAGCAUGUAUAAGCUCUUCAAUGGCACUUUCAGCAGGGCAUUUGAGGCUGGUGGAGUGGAGCUACUUAGGCAAAAGCUGGAAAAGUUCUUCUACAGGUACUUGCAGACACUGCACCUUCAGUCAUGUGACCUGCUGGAUGUGUUUGGGGGGAUCAGCUUCUUCCCUCUGGACAAGAUGACCUACUUGAAGAUCCAGUCUUUUGUCAACAGAGUAGAGGAGAGUUUGAGCUUGGUGAAAUACACAGCCUUCCUCUACAAUGACCAGCUUAUAUGGAGUGGGCUGGAGCAAGAUGACAUGCGUAUUCUUUACAAAUACCUGACGACUUCACUGUUCCCAAGACACACAGAACCUGAGCUUGCAGGCAGGGACUCUCCUUUGAGGCCAGAGGUAGCAGGGAAUCUAUUGCAUUAUGGGAGAUUUUUAACUGGACCUGCCAACUUAAAAGAUCCAGAGGCGAAAUUCAGAUUUCCAAGAAUAUUUGUGAACACAGAGGACAGCUACGAGGAGCUCCAUUUGAUAGUUUACAAGGCAAUGAGUGCAGCUGUGUGCUUUAUGAUAAAUGCAUCAGUGGAGUUGACUCGGGAGUUCUGUGAGCAGUUGGACGCUCUGGUUGGUCCUCAGCUCACUCUGCUAGCCUCAGACAUCUGUGAACAGUACAACAUCAACCGGAGGAUAUCAGGGCCAGAAAAGGAACCCCAGUUUAAGUUCAUAUACUUUAACCACAUGAACCUGGCUGAGAAGAGCACCAUCCACAUGCGCAAGACGGCCAGCGUGUCCCUCACCUCCGUUCACCCUGACCUCAUGAAGAUCCUUGGAGACAUCAACUGUGACUUUGCACGGGUUGAUGAGGAUGAGGAGAUCAUUGUAAAAGCGAUGACCGAUUACUGGGUUGUGGGCAAGAAGUCGGAUCAGAGGGAACUGUAUGUCAUUUUGAACCAGAAGAAUGCCAACUUGAUCGAAGUGAAUGAGGAGGUGAAAAGACUGUGUGCAACACAGUUCAAUAACAUUUUCUUCUUGGACUGAGGACAAUCAGAGAUCGAGAGGGAUAUGACUACACUAAAACUGUCAGCUGUUCAUGUUUUAAUGACAGCAUCAGUGUAAUGCAAUAAUUGCAUUGUAAAAAUUACUUUUCAUAUUAUGCAAUUUUUUAAGAUUUUUAUUUAAUCUAUACAAAAAAGUGACUGCAUUCUUGUAAUUAAUUGUAAAAUCAAAAUUUUACUGAUGUUUGUAUGUACAUAUAUAAAUAUAUAUAUAAAUAUAAUAUUGAAAUGUUUAUCAGUCAGCUGUUGUAUUCUUUCUUGCCAUUGCCAUUCACUCUGUUCUGCUUCCUUUUAAGCCACAAAAUUAAACUGACAUGCAUUAACUAA